AUGAAGAAAAAGAUGACGAAACGCGAUGCCAAUACUGACGCCUCAGUACAGCAUCGGACCCUCUUGAAGGAGGGUGACUGGAUAGAUGUGCUGGAUGGUGACGGCGUGUGGAACGUGGCUCGCGUGAUAGGCGUUUUGUCAUGGAAAGAGGUGAAGAUUCAUUACGACGGCUGGCCAAACGACUAUGACGAGGUCGUGUCGAUUGAUAGCAACCGUGUGGCUCCAUAUCAUACGUUCACGUGGAGCGUGAAGUGCUGGGUCAAGUAUCUUAAUUGGCCACUGUGGCCCUCUCUGAUUACUAUUCGAACGCCCGGAACGGUUGCAGGCAUUAAUAAUCUUUCCAUCGAAGAUCGAGUCUAUGUCGACUUUUUGGACAAUACUACGUUUGGUAAGCGUGACAGGUGUUGGCAAAAGGUAUCACAAAUACGGGCUUUCGGCGACAAUUUCGACAGGAAGCGCGCGAAUUCGACGGGCGCAAGUUUCGAAAAAGCGCUAGCACGGGUGUUACAAUCCGAAGCAUCUUCCAAGAUGCCUGAGUUUGCUAUCGGAACUCUGCUUGGGAAAUACAAGUCCAGUCCGGCAAAAUGUGUCGAGACACUACGAAAGAGUAUGGGUGAUGAGCUAUGGUUUCAGCAUUUUACUUAUAGCAGAAAGCAUCACGCGAAGACUUACGUUUACGAAACUACUGGAGGAAAAGGUUUCGACAAUUUAAGUCAUGUGUCACCCGCAUUGAAUGUGAGGCAUUUAAAUUUGUCAGCCAUGAAGGAAGGAAAGUCUCAAGUGAUAGAAGUUAGUGAAACAAAGAGCUUGGUAAGUACGAAGAUACAGCACAAGCUGGAACGAAUGGAAAGCAGCGAGAGCUCUGAGGCUGAAGAUAACAACGAGAUGGGCUACUCAACAAAACGGUCUUCACAGAAAAAACAGAAGUCGGAUGAUUCACUUGAGCCAAAGGCAAAACGGCAAAACUCCGAGCCUUUUGUACCGCUUCGCGUGAUCAAAACCUCGAAAGCACUAGCUCAGCUUCCCGUCGAGGAGAGCAGAUCAGGUUGCGUUAAAGGAAAGACUAAGAAAGGUGCCAAGCGGCCAGUCAGAGAAAGCGCUGCUAUGAGCGCCGGCUUUGAACUAAUGCAUCUCGGCAUGUCAUCUGCGCUUGAAAGUGAUGUUUCGAACCACAACGAAGAAGGCGAAGAACACGGGUCACCCGCCGUCGCUCAAUCGAGAAUGGAGUCAGAGCGCUCUGUUGCUAGGUACCCUUCGAAGCGAUCACGAAUGAACGACCCGGAAACGUUGCUCGAUCGCGACAUUAAAGUGAAAGGCUCAAAGCAAGUCAAGGUGAACAAACGCCAAGCUGCAGCCAAUAAGAAGAAUCAGGAAAUGGUCGGAACAGAAGGACAAAAAAACCUAGCUUUCGAAAAGGCUACGGUAUGCGGACGACGGGUUGAACAAAUUGGUCGCAAGCUGCAUGGCGCUCCAGAGUCAGUGGCCUCGUAUCAUAACAGCAACCGAGUGAAACAGCCAAUUGCUAAUCCAAGCGAUAAUGAUGCCUUCGUGUCGUCGAUAUUGUCAAAAUUUCAAGAAGGCGCGGAGAUCGUCGACAAAAACCGUUCACCUUCGCUUGGUGGAUCCCCGCACAGCAAUCGUGGCAACAACCUUUCUCAAGAGCUGCGCGGACGAUCUUGUGUGAUGCACGCAGGUCACAAAGAUGUAGAUGCCGCCAAGAACGUGAAAUGCUCAAACAAGACUGUCAUCAGCAUGCCAAGAAGAUUUCAGGAAUACUCAGUUCCUCGCAUGUUCAAUUGCGGCACUAGCUCUUCAGCACCGCCUGGACCUGGAUGCUCGUAUUCUGAUGCUGCUUUGGCUGCAUCAACACCGGUUUUCAGCUCCAGCAAUUCGUUUUCGAUGAAGUCAUGGUUCAAGCGACUCGACGGCAGAUUUCAUUAG